AUAAUGAUUGUCUUACGUUUAAAGAAUCACGCUGUAUAUAUAUAUAUGUUAUAACGACAUGACUACAUUGCUACUCAGCUAGCAAAACUAGGUAACAGUUAAUAUUUAACACGCGUUCAAUACACUAGGAUUAGGAUACCGAAACGCGGCUACGUUAACAGAAUAAUUUUGAAGAAUACAAUUAAUUAAUAUUAAAAAAUGUUUGGUGGGAUUGGUUUAUAUACAAAAUUCUACAUACUAUUUCAGAUUAUUGGACUAACACUAAUAUAUUUUGUAUACUAUUGGAUUGUUCAAUAUCGGGGAGGAUUUAGUUUUACCGAACCAAAAAUAAUAUUUAACUGGCACCCAUUAUUGAUGACGAUCGCAUUCGUUUAUUUAUUUGCAAAUGCUAUUCUUCAUUAUCGUACAUUUCCGAAUAAUACGAAAAAAAAAUUAAAAAAACAACAUUCACUUAUUCAUGGUUGUAUAUUAAUCCUUAUUGUAAUUGCUGGAUUUGCUGCUUUUGUUUCACACCAAUAUAGUGUACCUAAAAUUCCUCAUUUGUAUUCUUUACACAGUUGGUUAGGAAUUAUCACUAUUUUAAUGUUCCUAUCCCAGUUUAUUAGUGGACUCUGGUGUUUCUUGUAUCCCGGAGUAGCUGCCCAACAUAGAGAAACUUUGGCACCUUAUCACGUAUUUUUUGGCAUUUCCAUUUUCACUUUAGCAAUUGCAACUGCUGUACUAGGAUUCUGUGAAAAAAUUAUUUUUUCUCUAAGUAAUAAAUACAAACUGUUUCCGGCAGAAGGUGUGCUUGGAAAUAUUUUGGGAAUUUUUUGUGUAUUUUACUGUGUACUAGUGGUUUAUAUGAUUACCAAACCUGAAUUCAAGAGACGUCCUAAAUUAGAAUAUGAAACUUUACUCAAAUAAACUUUUAGAUAAUGUAUAAGUUUUAAGGUUUUGUGUUUUGUAUCUCCAUCAAAGAUGUUGACUGAACUUUAAAAUUAUAACAAAAAUUAUUAUUUGAAAUUA